AUCAUAUCAUUGGCGAAGUAAGGUAAGCCCAUUUGAUGAUUGAUAACCAAACGCGGAACAUCAGUAAGCAAAAGCUUUUAGAAUCCCGGUUUUCGCGCCGCUCUGAUCCCUCGUUUAAUCGAUUUACUGUUACGAGUUCUUCUUCCAGUCGGCACGCAUACACACACACACCCCACGAGUUAGAUCCUUUUUUCGAGGGUCCUGUGGGAGAAGAGGAAACGUCAAGUUUGAGGCGGGACACACUCUCUAGACACACACACACACACACACACACACACACACACACACACACACACAUCCAUAUACUAACAACCACACAAACACAAAAGACCAAGCACAAAGGGGGCGUGUCUGCGAAACAGGUUGGUUUGUUUCCCGAUUGAUGGGACGAAGUAAUCCCAUUCAUCGCCUUCCCUCGUCCUUCUUAUUUUUGGAUAUUGUGGCUUCUUAUUCUCUCCCCCCCCCUUUGUGUAACCAGCGAAAAAAGGGUCAAAGUUACACAAGCUUUAAAUUUUUGCUUUUAUUUUAUUGUUCUUCCCUCUUCCCGCCGUGGCGCCCGCCGUGCGCUCAUGAGCGGAACCGGGCGCGCAACGAAGAGAGACAGAUACUCGGGAACGACGCCGACGACGACAGAUGGAGCGCUCACACGGGGACUUGGGUAGCUUUAGACCAGCGGGCUUGCUUUCUUAUCUAGGUAGUCGGCAGCUGAAUCUUAACUCUACGCGUUCCUUGUGAGAUUUCAGUGUACAGCGAAGCUUGAACCCGAGAGAUUUCGGCUGAUCGGCUUAUUCGUAUCUCCUUCAGUACUCGUCCGUCGUCAGAAGGGGGACGGCGCGCGUGCCCUAGUAAUUCCACCGUGAUAAGCUCGGUAAACACUUGAAGAGUGUAGUAAUACGAGAGACACUCUGGUGACUUGACUCUCCUCGGGCCAGCCCACCCGAGUCCCGGACGAACUAAAAGAUUUACUUCCCGAUGAGGCUGUCGGCGAGGACAAGACAGCCCUUCUUAGAUUGAUGGCGACAACACGGGUUCAGCAAGCCUAUCGCGUCCAGCUGCUGUCAAGAGGGCGGACCACGAUAUUGAUCUUGGGGUGCACGGCAUGAUGCAUCGUUUGAAACCGAAAGUCUGCGAGACGUACCUUGGGU